AUGAUCAAUAAUGAAGAGGUUGAAAUUGAAGAAAUCACGUACAUUCCAAAACCCAAUGCCAAUGCUGAGUUGAUCAAACAAAUUGAUUCAAAUAAUGAAGAAAUCCAACAUGGCAUAUCUCCAUUUCUAUACUUUUCUGCAAUCGUUGCUUGUAUGGUCAGCUCAGUGGAAAUGGGCUUUGCUGUGGUAUGGAUAUCACCAGUAGCAGAGAAACUCCUUUCGAAUGAUACAAACGAAAAUCCAGUAGGCGCAGCAAUAUCGACAAUACAACUCUCCUCGAUAAGUGCCAUUCCAGCCUUCAGUUCUCUUUUUGGAUCAAUAUUGCUCGGAAGAACGUGCGAUUCAUUAGGAAGAAGAACUGCGAUGAUUAUGUUGAAUGUCACGAUAGUAAUAAUGAAAAUUUUUCUUGCAUUCGCUACUAAUAUUUAUAUGAUAUUCAUCCCCAUGAUCAUCAUGUGUUUUUGUCUAGGAGGAACGCAAGUAGCUGGUAGAAUUUACUUGACGGAGAUAGGCGAGGACCACCAUAAAACGAAACUGGUUUGUUUCGGUACACUUGGUAUGCCAUUAGGAAAUGUCUGCAGCUAUCUCAUCAGUUCUUUCAUACCUUCAUUCGAACUAUUCACUUUAGCAUGUUGCAUUCCAUUAAUGCUAUCUGUAGGAUGUUUGGUUAUAUUUUUGCCAGAAACACCAGUAUAUCUGAUCUCCAGAAAGAAAGAAGAAGAGGCUUUCAAAGCACUCAAGAAACUGAGGAAAAAAAACAGCAAUGAAAUACGCAAAGAAAUGUCGAGUAUUUCAUAUAUUCUCAAAGAAACCUCCAAAUCGGAAAAUAUCAGUUUCUCCGCUAUGUUUUCCAUGAGAGCUAUACGUACAGCUUUCUUUAUCAGUAUUGGUGUGCAUCUCAUAGCAUACUCGAAUGGAGCUCCUGUUAUAAUGAGUUUUUUGAUACCCCUUUUCAACGAAGCUGGCUCAAGCGUUCCAAAUUAUAUUUCUAUCAAUUUAUUGUCUAUUUCACAGUUAGUUUUCAGUUCUAUAGCGACUCAGACUUCAGAAAGAUAUGGAAGGAGAACGUUGCUACUUAUAUCAACUUUGGGCAACGCCGUUUUGUUGUUUUCAAUUGGCGUUUUCUACUACCUGAACGAUAUGGGGUUAUCAUACAUCAAAUAUGUAUCUUGCUGGCCAAUAGUGGGUCUCAUUCUAUUUUAUUUAUCGAAUGUACUUGGACUCGCCUCCAUAUGUUGGGUCAUUGCUAGUGAGGUAUUUCCUACUAAUGUUAUCUCUGUGGCUAUGUCUCUGUUAUUAUUCAUCGACAAUUUAGUUGUAGCCACAAUGGUAUUCAUGUUUCCAAUCAUCAUGAAUUCUUUCGGUAUGCAAUGGAAUUUCUGGAUUUAUAGUGCGAUAUGUAUGUUGGGAUACAUUUUCGUAUAUUUCAAAGUACCCGAAACUAAAGGCAAAAAUUUGUUGGAGAUCCAAGGGUUAUUCGAAAGAAAUUGA